UGGUGGGGGACUCUCUCUCUGGGCCCCUCCUGUUUUUUUUCUUAGGUGUGAAGUGGCGGAAGUGACGUGCGGGAGGUAGGAAGCGGCGUUGGUUGGUAAGUGCGCAGCAGCUGCGGGAGGUGAGAGCCGGAGAGGAGAGCAGAGCCGCACCGCCAGAGCCCCGCCGUCGGUCACCUGCAGGAGCUCAAAAAUAUACCUUGUCUGCUUCGCUGCUGAUUUCUGCUCUGUAUUCCUGAGUUCUGAUUGGAAGAAGACCAAGGGUGGUGAGAAAGUGUGAGUGGCAGGAGUCACCGAGCACUGUAACUGUUAGCUAGCUCCAACUAAACAUCAUGAACCCGGUCUACAGCCCAGCUCCUUCAGGGGUUCCCUAUGCAAAUCCAAAAGGAAUUGGAUACCCAGCAGGUUUCCCAGUGGGCUAUGCUACAGCUGCUCCUGCUUUCUCUCAUAAUAUGUACUCUGCUACAAAUCCAGCCUUCCCGACAGGUUAUACACCAGGCACACCUUAUAAAGUGUCCUGUUCUCCAACCAGUGGAGCAGUGCCCCCAUAUUCCUCCUCUCCCAAUCCAUACCAGACAGCAGUAUACCCAGUUCGAAGUGCCUAUCCACAGCAGAACCCUUACGCUCAGCAAGGUGCUUUCUACACACAACCCCUGUAUGCAGCACCACCACAUGUAAUUCAUCACACCACAGUCGUCCAACCAAAUGGAAUGCCUGCUAUGUACCCUCAGCAUAUUCAACAACCCAGAGGAAAUGGUGUUGCCAUGGGAAUGGUAGCUGGAACCACUAUGGCAAUGUCAGCUGGUGGGUAUCCGUGCACUUUGUUGACAACUCAUUCCCCGACUCCAGUCGCUGCUCAUCCAGGUUCUAUGCCUGCUUAUCGGCCUCCAGGAACACCUACCUACAGCUAUGUACCCCCACAGUGGUGAACAGCUAGUUACUGUUUAAAGGUGGGAGAUAUGCAAUCAAACAAGUCUUAACACUUGGUGCUGAUUCCCACAUGCCUCCAACCUGAACCCCUUCCUUCCUGAACAUCAAUACUCUCAACACUUGCCAAACACUACCAAAAAACAGAAGAUUAUCAUGGCUGCAUAUCUUGCAUCUUGGAACUCAACAGUACUCCAGUCUGAUGGCAAAAUCUGUUUUUGUGGACUGUCUUGCAAUUUUAUAGAUUAUACAAAAGGGAGUAUAAGUAUAUUUGGAUUCAUAUCUAGUUCAAUGCAUGUUACAAAAUGCUUGCUAAAAUCUACCUUCAGUGACUAAAGCAAAACAUCAUAUGCAAAAUCCAAAGGAACUGAAAGUGUUUUGCAACUUUCAAAUAAUGCAGUCUAUAUGAACGUAAUGUUCCAAAAGAAUAGUGGAAGUGAAUUUCUAUUACAUGCCAGAAUACAACCUGAUCUGUUGUUGGACUUGCAUUUUUAAGGGUUAGUUACAUUUCUUUAGUCAUUGUAUUCAUUCCCAACCUCAGAUAGGCAAUGCAUUUACUAUAGAGCACCUGGAGGUGAUACUCCAGUGGCGUUAAAUGAAGCAUUCAGGCAUUGACUUGACAGUCUUCAAUUUAGACGACAUUAGGUUCGAUGUUUCAAUGAAAAAUAGGGGCAGAGAUUAAAACAAAAUGAUGAAGGAGAUGUGUGGCCAUUUUUAAAGAUGGAUCUGGAAGAGCAAUACAAGUUGAAUUUUUCUUUUUUUUAAUAUUCCACGUAAAUGGAAUGUUCCAAUUUAUAAAUUCCUCUGACUUAAAACAUGACGCUUGUAAUUUUGUAGGUUUUUAAUUUGACAAUCUUAAAAUAUUUACCUGGCCCAAAUCUUACAUUUUUCAUGUUCCAUGAAAGUCUAAAACUACAAUUACCAGUGCAGAAAAUAUUUUGGCUACUAAAUUUUGCAUUUUAAUCCUAGCAAUACUGUUCUUGAUGGUUGCAUUCCAUACUUUUCAAUGCUUUCCAAAAACAACGUAAUGAAACAUUUUCCUUUUUUAAAAACAAUUUAUGCACUCAUUUCUUUUAUAGAAUAGGGGUGCUGUGCCUCAGUUUGUUAGCAUGGAGGGUGCUUUGGCUACUGUUCCAGUUAUGAACACUCAUCCUCUAAAUGGGAGUAUAUUUGUGCUUUUCUUUUUAUAUUAAAAAAAGUCCUUAGUUUCUACAUACAUUUGUUCAGGUUCAGAGUUGAUUUUACUCCAGUUUGUGGAUCAUACAGGAUAGCUUGAUUGGUAAAGUGAGGUUGAAUAACUCAAGGAAUUAUAACAUGCUUAUGAGUAUUCAAACUAGUAUAAAACCAAAGGAAGCUGAUUUCAUUUUAGUUGUCUGCUUGUUUAAGGAAUCUCUAUAUAAAAUGCCAUUAUCAAAUACUAUUCUCACAGGGUAUACAUAGGAAUGACUUGGCUCCAAAGCAAUAGCAUUUGUUGUGCAGUGAAAUUUUCAUCCAAUUAGCUGUUGGUGAAACCAAAAAAAGAGCAGAUCUUUACUGGCUAUAAAAUUAUCAAAGCAUUUACCUUUUCCUUUCAUCAUCCUAUCCCACUUCCACUGGCACCAUACAAAAUUCACUCACCAAAAGGUUUCUAUUACUGUUGCCUCUGGCAGUACUGUUCUUGAACUAUGUAGUAAACCAACUGUGUGAUUCCUUGUGUUCAAAUGAAAAGUUUUUUUUGGUUAACAAGUCUCAAGAUUCUUUUAUGACCUAAAUGCUGUACAACAAUUGUCACUGUAAGGUUUUCUCAUUUUUCACAAGUUUAACAAUAGAAGAGAAGCUGAUUAAGUAAAGAAAGCAAUAUUACCCUCCUCGAGUUUCAAACCAGUUUAAAGAGAAUGGUUGCAACUCUGAGAUCUGUUAGCCACCUCAAAAAUGGUUAACUCUGAAUAUAGGUACAAAGGAAUACAAUUGUCUUAGGAGUACAGCUAAGAGUAUUUGAUUGUGAUAUUGAUAAUGCAGGUAGUACAGUAUCCUGCAUUGCAACUUAAUAAUAUAUGUACCUGACAUAAAGGGAUCCAACCUUCAGCUGUCUCUGUUCUCUCAAUAUCGGGCCUCAUGAGGAAAAUGGUAUCGAUUACCAAAUAGUUUCAAUGUAAAGGAAUGGAUACACUAAAAUUAACUAGAACAGUAACAAUUAUCUGUUUUGAGUUAUUUAUGGUAUCAUGUUUGAUAGCUAGCAAAAGGAUAUUAAAGGAGAUCAAGCACAAACGUGGUCUUAUCACUCUUAAUCUUUUUUUACAUUAAUGUUAUGAGUGGUUUAAGAUGAUUAGAAUUUUAUUUAAAAUACUCCUACACUAGUUCUUGAGGAACAUAUUGCUGUGCAGCUAGUGGGGUUACUCCUUGGAAGUGGAAUGAUCAAGCUAUCUUGUAACACACUAAGGAACAGUAAAGAAUUGUAGGUAAAAUGUGUUUAUAGAACACGCUCAAAGCAAAAUUCCAGCUUGAAACACAUCUGAUACUUACUGUAUGUUCUCUACCCAAAAUUGCCAAAAAAUCACAGAAAAUGGAGAUUUUCAAGCCUGAAAAGCUCCCAGUUUAGAAAAGCACUGAAAGUUUUGAGGAGAACAUUGAGCUCUUUCUGACCCUAUGUUAAAGUAGUUUCAGCAAGUAGGAAUUUGAUUUUUUUUUUAUCUUUCAGUUUUACUUUUUGUUUUGGUUAAGAGGUCAUCAAUUGUAUAGUCCUAGAUUCCCAAAUAAAAUGGUGUCCAAUGUGCUAAUCUCUUAAAUCCUUUUGUAAACUGAUGUACACAAGACUGUCAAACAAGUGUAGCUGAGCAGAAGAGGUGAUUUUUAUUGUUUUUAGGCAAAUAUGUGCACACACAACCUAUGAAAAUACUGCAUUUCUGCAAGUAACAUUUUUGCCAAAAUGCCCACACAAAACAUUGUUAUUUUAGCUAUAAAAGUGCAAAGAAGCCAAUUUAAGAAAAAUUCUAAUGAGAAUAAAGACAGUAUGUGUGGUUGAUCUUUUCCGAGAGUUUACAAACUCAAACUUGGAUUCGGUGUUUUGUGCUGGAAGACAUGAGAUAAAAGUAUUGACAAUCCAGAAAUUAGUCAGUCUAUCAACACUACUGUUAACUAAAUUCUGUUAAAAUUGAUUAUAAUUCCCUCUGCUCUCUUUCCAUAUAUUCCUAUAUCUUUGCUCAACCAAUGCACAGCACUGCAACUUUCUUAGCAUUUGAGGGGGUGCAGCUAAGAGCAGUAUUGUAGGUGUAUUGAUUAAUGUGAAUGUUCCAGUGUGCCACAACGUAGUAAAUACAUUUUGAUCACUUGGCUGUAUUUACAGGUUGUAUGAUUCUACAAAAGUUAAAAUGGGCAACUAAGUGACAGCACAAAAGUGCUGUGGUGAUAUCAUUUGUUUUUUUCCAUGAUGUAUAUUUCAACAAGAAGGUAAUGGGUGCUGAGGUGAAUAAUUGGCAGUGAAAAGCUUUCAUUUGGAAUGUUUAACAUAAAGCAUUAUUUGAAUUAAGGAAUUUUUUCAUAUUAUAGUACACAGUGCAGUACAUUUGGAGACCCUCAACUAUCACUCUAGGCAAUUUUAAUGUGCCUGCUUUGUUUUUCAAAAAAAAAACUUGGCUAGACCAAAAUGUUUUGUUGUAUAGAUUCAAUUAACUAUUUUGGAGUCAGCUUUUUUUAAAAAAACUAAGCACACUAUCACUUUUCAAACAGUGUUUAAUGUUUCAGUCACUGACUCACAUUCUAGUCCAUUACUAAUUUAUAUUUUGGCUGGAUUGGUGGGGGAGGGAGAAAGAUUAAAUUUUUUUUCCAAGAUUUCAGUCUGUUGAGCACCUGGAAAUUUGAGGUUAGAAUUUGGGUGAUCAUCUACCCUGAAAGAGAAGGGGGGGGGGGCAAUGCAGAGCUCCUGCAGUUUGUAAAUUGAGGAGAGGGACGGGAAAAUGGCACUGUUGAUCCAGCACGUUUACAAAAUCUUUGCACCACUUAUGCCUGCAAUCAUAACUGGCCAACGCAAUCUUAAUUGACCACCGAUAUAAGCACACUUAGUAAUUAGGAUGCCUGCAGUAGUAGAUGGAUACAGCCUGAAAUAUUACCCUGUCUGAAAUUGUUUAUUGCCUUUUGGUUUACAGAAUUUCACAUUGUGAGUAGAUUGUAUUUGGUGUCUGAUUGUUGUGCCGUAUGAUAGCCUUUCUGUUCAAAAAUGCAUGCAACUUAUAGGUACAAUUGCCCAAUUGAGUUUUCCUGCUCAUUUUUGUUACUAAAAAGGCACUCUUUUUUUCUUAAACAGAAAAAGCACCCUUUUUGAACAUUAUGCUUUAAAGUAUUUUACUUUGGUACUUACUACUUAGUCUCAGUCAGUGUUGUCUUCCAGCAACCUGUUUCAAAUCCUCAUUUUACAUUGGCUAAUUCAUCAACCACAAACUCUUAUCAUUCUGAGCCAGUUCAAUUAUGUGUAAAUUCAUACAUUGGUAUUUUUUUAAAAAAGCAAUCUGACGGUAGGUGAGCUCGGAGAUUUAAAAAGAAACUUCAAGGCAUGUUAUUGUAACAAGAAUUGUUAUGUAUUAUUACUUAAGUUUUCAAUAAAGAUUGACUUGUGCUACUUA